CUUUCGACCAAUAUUGCAAGUUAAUGUGUGCAUAAAUCUGUUGUCAGACACAGUUCUGAUAUAAAAACGGAAAUUCGAGAUCAUAAAGUGCGUCUGCAAGUCUUCACCCCUAAAACCGUUUCCGACCCCACCUACUAUUCGCCUCCGGCAAGUUCAGACUGGUGGGACAAACUUUUGUUUGUUGCCAUUGUUGCUCGUAUCACGUCCUGACAUCCUUCGGAGUGUUUCUGCGCGUGUUCGGGGCACUACAAAUUGUUUAUUUUGCAUGUUAGUUUGAUUUCUGCAGUGUUUUGUGGAGUUGACUUCACAUCAUGAGUGAAACUGAAGACAAUGACAUUCUUGAGGACUCUGAUACAGAUGGAGGAGACGUUGAGAUGGCUGAUAUGAUCGACUCUAAGACGGUGCAAACAUGCAGAACUAUGCCAAAAGGUUCAGAUGUGCCAAUAGUGGAUUUCAAUGGGAACCAGGACUUUCUGUUUUUCAAUGAUGGAAAGCGAAGGAUCGACUUUGUUUUGGUGUAUGAAUAUGAAGAGUCUAAAAAUGGAUCCAACAAAAAAGCCUCAGUUAUAAGAAGAAAAAAAAGGCGAAGAGAGUUUUUCGAAGGAAGCCUGAUGAAUAAGGGAUUGCAUCUGGAAAUGACACAAUCCGUAGUGGAUGAGAAGCUUUUCUUUGUGAAAUUGCACAUGCCGUUCGAUGUUCUGUGUGCAAAUGCUGAAGUCCUGCAUAUUAAACUGCCCAUCAAAUGCAAUGACCUCCGUACACAAUCCUCCAAGCACAACUGCUGCACUAAACCAUUCUACCCUAAUGAGGACGUGAUUGGCAAAGAGCCGGACUACUUCACGGCGCCCUUCAGGAAAGAUCUGCUCAACCGUUUUCAGCUAAAGGAAAGAGAGGGCAGGGAGUUAUUUACACCGACCAUGAGGAGCAGAAUGGUGUAUUAUAUCCUCAGCCGAGCAGAGUAUGAUAUAAAAGGAGAAAAUAAGAAGUUUGGGAUCACAAAGCUGCUUGCUGGAGGCAUCUAUAAGGCUGCGUAUCCAUUACAUGACUGCAGGUUUAAUGUGAAGUCUAAAGAGGAGGACUGUCCCAAUGAGCGUUAUCUGCUGUACAGUGAGUGGGCGCAUCCUAAAAACUUCUACAAGAUGCAGCCGCUGGACCUGAUCAGGAAGUAUUUCGGUGAGAAAAUCGGCAUUUAUUUCGCCUGGUUGGGUUUCUACACGUUCAUGUUGAGCCUCGCUGCUGCGUUCGGACUCGGCUGUUUCAUAUACGGGUACAGAAGCAGAGAGAGCAGCACAUGGAGCAAAGAGGUGUGUGACCCUGAUAUUGGUGGACAGAUUGUCAUGUGCCCGCAGUGUGAUAAUAACUGUCCGUAUUGGCGACUCAACACCACGUGCGAGUCCUCGAAAAGGCUGUGUGUGUUUGAUAACUUUGGGACUUUAGUGUUUGCUGUCUUCAUGUCUGUUUGGGUGACUCUGUUCUUGGAGUUCUGGAAACGUUACCAGGCCAAACUGGAGUACAAGUGGGACACAGUGGAGUUUCAGCAGCAGGAGGAGCAGCCCAGGCCUGAAUAUGAGGCUAGAUGCACCUAUGAACGAUUUAGUCCUAUCACACAGUCCAAUGAGAAGGUGCCGUAUACAGCCUGUGGAAAGUGCAUGAGAGUGUCGUGUGGCAUUGGCACUGUGCUUUUCUGGAUUCUGUUGAUCGUAGCGUCAGUGGUCGGGGUGAUUGUGUAUCGUUUGGCGAUGUUUAUGGUGUUCUCGAUGCAGCUGCGCUCUGACCUCAAUAGAAAAGAGCUGGAGCCGUUCAGAGAGUACAUCACGCCUCAGAUGGCCACAUCCAUCACCGCCUCCAUCAUCAACGUCAUCAUCAUCAUGAUCCUCAAUAUUGUCUACGAGAAAGUGGCCGUCUGGAUCACAGACUUCGAGCUGCCACGGACAAAAACAGAGUAUGAGAACAGCCUGACGCUCAAGAUGUUCCUCUUUCAGUUCGUCAAUUUUUACUCGUCUUGUUUCUACAUCGCCUUCUUCAAAGGGAAGAUUGUUGGUUAUCCAGGAGAACCCGUCUACUGGUUAGGAAAGUUUCGCAAUGAGGAGUGUGAUCCUGGUGGCUGUCUGACUGAACUGACCACUCAGCUGUCAAUCAUUAUGACUGGAAAGGCCGUCUGGAACAACAUACAGGAAGUCCUGCUGCCGUGGCUGAAGAAUCUGAUGUUUCGUCAUUGCACCCAGGUGGGAUCAGAAAAAGCGAUUCCUCGCUGGGAACAAGACUAUCAGCUCCAGCCGAUGGGAACACUCGGCCUGUUUUAUGAAUAUCUGGAGAUGGUGAUCCAGUUUGGCUUUGUGACUCUGUUUGUGGCGUCUUUCCCGCUGGCUCCUCUUCUGGCGCUGGUCAAUAACCUGUUUGAGAUCCGUGUGGACGCCUGGAAGUUCACCACUCAGUUUCGUAGGAUUGUCCCAGAGAAAGCUCAGGACAUCGGAGCCUGGCAGCCCAUCCUGCAGGGGGUGACCAUUCUGGCGGUGGUCACUAAUACUGCUAUCAUCGCCUUCACUUCUGACAUGAUCCCUCGUCUGGUUUAUUAUUGGGCUUUUUCUGUCAGUCCUUACGUAGAGAACUCAAACCACACUAUGGCCGGCUUCAUCGACAGCUCUCUGUCUGUUUUCAACAUUAGUCACUUUGACGAUAAAACCAGACCUCGAGACGACAUCAAACCGAUCUGGUUUAACAACAUCACCACGUGCCGGUAUCGAGAUUACAGGAAUCCCCCUGAUCAUCAGAACCCAUAUCAGUUCAAUGUUUAUUACUGGCAUGUCAUCGCCGCCAAACUGGCUUUCAUGAUCGUGGUGGAGCACAUUGUGUAUUUCACCAAGUUCAUGCUGUCCUACUUGAUCCCGGAUGUUCCCGAAGCUCUGAACGAGCAGAUCAAACGUGAGCGAUUCCUGACGCGGGACAUCCUAAACAACAGCCAGUUGACAGACCUGAUAAAACCCAUCCGAGAGAAACUGCAGACGGACGUGGCAGACUUCACUGAGCUGGAGGAGCUGUUAUAACGACACAGUGAUGUAACGCACAACUCAAUCCCAACACUGCAUACACCGUGGGAAAUGUCUCUCAAUGCACAGCUGCCUUAUUCAGUGAUUCACAAGUGUUUUCUGUUUGUUUAUUUAAGUUGUGAAUUGCAUUAUGGGAUGUUGAUCUCUGCUCUGUCCACUUUUGAUGUCGAAAAUUCAACUCUGCAGUUUAACAAAGUGACUUUUAGUGACAUUUUAUUAGUUUAAAAUAAUAUAUAGAGAUAAAUAAGGCUGUAAAAUAAGAUAAAGUGGUGCAAGGUGUUACAUAGCGUAAUACACAACACAAACCCAGACAAUAUAUCACUGCAAACUAUUAAAAAUGCAGUUUUUACAGGUUUUAAGGUUAACAUUUUUUGGAAGAAUGAUCAAGAUCCCAUAAUGCAAGUCAAAUAACAAAAUAUGACCGUGACGGUGACUCAGUGGUUAGCACUGUGGCCUCCCAGCAAGAAGGUCACA